AUGCGUUACUGGUUAACUGCAGCAGCUUUGAUAGCUUCACUCACUACAUCAACAAACUCAGUCAGUUUGAAUAGCAGGGCUAUUUCAGGCGAGUAUGGAAUUGAAGGUUUAAAGAACAUGGAGAGUCAAUUGGAGGUCAACGAGCAGCCAUUCACGGAAUUGCAAGGUGGUCCAUCAUAUAACAAAGCUGAUAUGGAAGGUGCUGCACCAUACACAAAUCAAAGUGCAUGGGAAUACCCUAUGUCUGCAUCAGGAUUUGGUACACAAGCAACCAGCAAGAAAAUGAUCGGAGCUUAUUACCCAGACUGGCAAACCAACAGACUUCCAGUGAACCAAAUUGAUUGGUCACAUAUCGACUAUAUCUCAUACGCGUUUGGUUUGAUCGGUUCGAAUGACUAUGAAAUUGAGUUGAGCUCAGGAACAGACUCAACGCUCACUUCGUUGGUCGAAGCAGCUCAUUCUCAAACUCCAACUAGAAGAGUGGAAUUGAGCAUCGGUGGAUGGACAGGAUCUGGACCAUUUAGUGAUGCAGUUUCAACUGAAGCAAACAGGGAAAAACUUGCAACUGCCAUGGUCGAAGCUCAAAAGAAGUGGAACGUAGACGGUAUUGAUAUUGAUUGGGAGUACCCUGGUUUACCAGGUGCUGGCAACCCACACACUGGUUCAGACAGUGCAAACUACCUCAAGUUCCUCAAAGUUCUCAAACCUCAAUUACCUUCAAACGUCACCCUUAGCGCUGCAACAUCGGUGUAUCCAUUUGCUGGUCCAGAUGGAACGCCUCUCGACGAUGUCAGUGGGUUCGGAGAAGUGUUUGAUCACAUUCUUAUCAUGAACUACGAUAUUUUCAACGCUGCUCCAGCUCCUGGUCCAAAUGCCGCCCUUAGCGACAAGUGCGGCAGUUCAAAACCAGGCGCUAACGCUGAAGACUCAAUCAAAGCAUGGAACGAGGCUGGUAUUCCACUUGAGAAGAUCUACUUGGGUGUUCCAGCUUACGGAUAUCUCCACGAAUCAAGUGCAAAGGCUUUGGUAGCUAGACAAACACCAACUGUACCAGGUACAGAUGAAGGUACAACAACCAAUAGCCAACCAGCUACACCAGCCGUCCCAACUAUGCCGUCAACUCCAGCUGUUCCAGGCGCAACACCAUCCAUACCAACUGGCGGUACCGGUACAAACCCAUCUAAUACACCAGUCACUAUCAAGAACGCAGAUGGCACGGCAGCUAAAGGACAAGUAGACUUUGAUGCAGUUGUUAAUUCAGGUGCAUUGACAAGAGUAUCUGCUUCACAAUUUGACGCUGCAGGUGGCUGGACAAGAAAGUGGGAUGAGUGCUCUUCAACUCCAUUCCUUUACUCGGGAUCACAAGUUUUGUCUUACGAUGACCCAGAAUCAUUCAAGCUAAAGGCUCAAUUGGCUCAGGAUAUGGGUAUCGGCGGUAUUGGUGGAUGGACUCUCAUUGGAGACACAGAACAAGGCGAUCUCUAUGCUGCGCUUAGAGAUGGUCUUGGUGUCUCUGAUCCAUAA